CGUAACAAGUAUAUCCUAUAUCGGCAGAGUUUAUUUUUCUCACUCCACCAAAACAAAAGGAAAAUAGCCUCUGCUAGCAGGGAAAAGAUGAAGUGUACCCACCAGUUCUUACUUCUACUCUUCGCUUGUCUCCUCGCCAAUGUGUCACGUGUCUUAUCUCAAUGCAUCAAGAAGACGUCCGUGUCGAGCCACGUGCUCAAAAAUCACGUGACUAAGUCCAUGAAGACAGCUGACGUUGUUGAUUGCCUUCAGCAAUGUACGACUGAUCGUGAGGCCCAUUGUCAAAGCAUAAACUAUUAUCUGUCGGGUUUGUGCGAAUUGAAUAACAAAACUAAAGAACAGGCAAGCCAAAAUGAUUUCCAACAAGCUUCAACGGGCUAUUACAUGCCGAAUGAUAAUCCAGCGGUACAUUGCUCAACGCGUUCUACAAGGAAGGGCCAUUGUUGUGUAUUCCCGUUUAAUUACCAUGACAGAAUCUUUGAUUCCUGCACGACCUACAGGGAGUCAUCUGGGCUAUACUGGUGCUCACUGACAACGAAUUAUGAGAGCAAAUGGGAUUACUGUGUUUAAGUAAGAUGAACCAGCCUAAACUACACGACAUCGAAACCCUGAAUAUACAAUUCUUUUUCUAAGACGUUAUAUAGAUGUGUUAAGCUGUGACGUAUUUCCGGGUUCAACUGCCCACAAAAACCACUGAAAUAAAGCGCUAAAUGUUCUCAAGGAA